AUGGGCCGCUCUCGUGCCCCGGCGCUCCCCCGCGCGGCUCUCCCCGUCCGUCCGCGAUCCUCCGGGGACCCAGCUUCCGCGCCGCUGCUCACCUCGUCGGUCCCCGCGCCCGUCCGUCCGUCCGUCCGUCCGCAGCGGCGUCGGGAGCUCCCCGCCCGCUCCCGGCUGGGUGUCCGCGAGAUGCCCCGGAGCGCGCAGGACCGGAGCCGGGCGAGUGCCCGCCGCGCCCCGGGCAGCGCCCGCGCCGUCGCUCGGCCCGCGCCCCCGGAGCUGUGCGCCGCGCCGCCCCGAGCGAGGCGAGGCGAGGCGAGGCGAGGCGAGCGGCCCCCGCCCUGGGCCGGCCUUUCCCAGAACCAGCCCGCCCGCCCGCCCGCCCGCCGAGAGGCCGCGAGCGCCGCCGCGGGACGCCCGGCAGCCGGCGGGGGAGCGGCCUGGGCCGGGCCCGCCCCCGACUCGGCGGCGCGGGGAAGGCGGGCGCGCGGAGCCCUGGGGCCCGACACCCCCCGCCCGGGCCACCCCGGCCCGGCCCCUCGAUGGAGCCCGGCGCCCCCACCCACUACCCCCUCCCGGGAGCCCCCUGCAGGCCCGGGCCUGGGAGUGGGGGAGCCAGUGAUGGGGGUGGGUGGGCGGGAACCAGCUCUCUCGUUGGCAAUCUUGGAAACUGAGGCCCAUAGCGCUCAAGGACUUGACCAAGGUCAUCCUUUGUAG